GGCCGGGCGCGCCUCGGGAUUAGUAGCUAGCUGGACGCACGUGGAGAUGGAGGCUGCUGGGGACGCUUUGGGGCCAUUGGUGACCGGUCUGUACGACGUGCAGGCUUUCAAAUUUGGGGACUUUGUGUUGAAGAGCGGGCUCUCCUCCCCCAUCUACAUCGAUCUGCGGGGCAUAGUAUCUCGACCGCGUCUUCUGAGUCAGAUUGCAGACAUUUUAUUCCAAACUGCCCAAAAUGAGGGAAUCAGUUUUGACACAGUGUGUGGAGUACCUUAUACAGCUUUGCCGCUGGCUACAGUUAUGUGUUCAACAAAUCAAAUUCCAAUGCUUAUUAGAAGGAAAGAGACAAAGGAUUAUGGUACUAAGCGUCUUGUAGAAGGAGCUGUAAAUCCAGGAGAAACCUGUUUAAUCAUCGAGGAUGUCGUCACCAGUGGAUCUAGUGUUUUGGAAACUGUUGAGGUUCUUCAGAAGGAGGGCUUGAAGGUCACCGAUGCUGUGGUGCUGUUGGACAGAGAGCAAGGAGGCAAGGACAAGUUGCAGGCGCACGGGAUCUGUCUCCACUCGGUGUGUACAUUGUCCAAAAUGCUGGAAAUUCUUGAGCAGCAGAAAAAAAUUGAUACUGAGAUGGUUGGAAGAGUGAAGAGAUUUGUUCAGGAAAAUGUUUUUGUGGCAGCUAAUCAAAAUGGGUCUCUCCUUUGUGUAAAGAAAGCAUCCAAAGAACUCAGCUUUGGUGCCCGUGCAGAGCUGCCCAGGAUCCACCCCGUUGCAUCGAAGCUUCUCAGGCUUAUGCAAAGGAAAGAGACCAAUCUGUGUUUGUCUGCUGAUGUUUCAGAAUCCAGAGAGCUGUUGCAGCUAGCAGAUGCAUUAGGACCCAGCAUCUGCAUGCUCAAGACUCAUGUAGAUAUUUUGGAUGAUUUUACUCUGGAUGUGAUGGAGGAAUUGACAAUACUGGCACAACGCCAUGAGUUCUUAAUAUUCGAAGACCGGAAAUUUGCAGAUAUAGGCAACACAGUAAAAAAGCAGUAUGAAGGUGGUAUCUUUAAAAUAGCUUCCUGGGCAGAUGUAGUGAAUGCGCAUGUGGUACCUGGCUCAGGAGUUGUGAAGGGCCUACGGGAAGUAGGCCUGCCAUUGCAUCGCGGGUGCCUGCUCAUUGCAGAAAUGAGCUCUGCUGGGUCCCUGGCCACUGGCAGCUACACUAAAGCAGCAGUCAGGAUGGCUGAGGAGCACUCUGAAUUUGUGAUUGGUUUUAUUUCUGGCUCCCGAGUAAGCAUGAAACCAGAAUUUCUUCACUUGACUCCAGGAGUUCAGUUAGAAGCAGGAGGGGAUACUCUUGGCCAGCAGUACAAUAGCCCACAAGAAGUUAUCAGCAAACGAGGUUCUGAUAUCAUCAUUGUAGGCCGGGGCAUAAUCUCCGCAGCUAAUCGUCUGGAAGCAGCGGAGAUCUACAGAAAGGUUGCUUGGGAAGCUUAUUUGAGUAGACUUGGUAUUUGAGUGUCUUGGAUUUUUUGUGAAGACGUUGAAGAUACGUCGUCUCCUGGAAGUCACUAUUUUGAAAUAAUCAGCACCCUUUACUACUGGUUGGAUUCUUCCCCAGGGCCUGUGCGGGAAUGGCUUCUGGAGUUACCAUGGUCUUUAGGAAAUACUGAGUGACUUGUACUUCAAGUUUGCUUUUAUUAAAAUGGAUGUUUGGUAGGCAUCCACAGUCCUGUCUGUGCUAGGGUCUUCCACAUUUGAGGAUUACUCCUAUCUCUGGACAGGAGUAUACUACUUUUUUAUUUUUGUAAUUACAAUGAGACAAAAUUUCUAGGACAUAAAGAGGCUAAAACCAGUAUAGCAUUUCUUAGGUCCUUUAUUCUAAUAUGUUAACCCAAAUAAUAUCUAAAUAUUAUUCAUUCUUCUCCUUAAAAAUGUCAGUCCAGGUGUCCAAAUGGUGCGGGUUUCCAGAACUGCUGCUGUUUGUUCACUCAUCAAAGAGGGCAGGGUGGGGAAGGAGAAGAUGACUGCUGCUCAUACUCCAAGUCAGUACCCGGCUGUCAUUUCCACAAGUGGAGUGGGGUUCUGGCUCGUUCCUUCCCUUAGCUAGUAGCACUUGUAGAACAGUGGCAAAACUCAGUCAUAGCUUCCUAAGUUCAUAGUCCAAAGGCCUGUGGGUAUUUGCUUAAGGACAGUGUCAGAGGACACUUGCCAUUUCCCCUCAGCUAUUUCCACCCCUAAUGGCCCACUCUUAAUGACUCAGGAGAGCCUGGGCUUCCCACUCAGGUUAUUAUUAUGUUUCUUCUAAAAGUUUCUACUUUAAGAACUGUGUCAACAUGCAGUUUGAACUUCAGGUCCCCAUUACUGUGAGUCCCUCUGUGAGAAAGAGACAAGUUAUCAAGGAAGAAGCAGUCAGUAGAAAAAGGAAGGGGCUUAGCCCUUGGGGCUACUCUGGGAGAGCCAGCAGUCAUGAAGGGAAGGAGAAUUUCCUGAAUUUUCUGAAACUUGCAGAAAUCUCAGGUGUCUUCUAAGUCUUUGAGAACUGAGGCUGAGAAGCCUUGGAGUUACGUGCUGAGCUCUCAAGUGCUGGCUGCUUUGACUAGGUCAGCGGUUUUCUCACUUUAUCAGGUAGCAGAGUCACCUGGCAUCUUGCAAAAAAACGGGCCUGGCCCCACCUCCAGCAUUUCUGACUCUGGGCAGCACUGGGCUGGAGCUGAAGAAUUUGCAUUUCUAACAAGGUCUCAGGUGACAGUGAGGCUGCUAGUGUUGUGACCAGGCAGAACCACUGCACUGGUCAGUCGCAUUUUGCCUCUGCAGUGAGAUAGCCUUUAGGUCUUCCUCACCUGCUGAAAGUUACGUACUCCUGUCUUUCCUUCAAAAGUGCCAUCUCCGGUACACAGGAUGGGGCGCUGUACCCGUGUUACUGAAGCUCACCCAGGACCCCUGUGAGGUAACUUGAAAUCAGAUUAUUCUAUUUUUAGCAGAUGGGGGUUGGCUCAGCAACCUGGGCAUCUGCAUUGCUGCAUCCCAGGUGGUUCUGAUAUUUCUUAAGCCCAGUAUUACAGGCCUCUUACCUAAGCAAAGGCCCAGUCUGAAGUCAAAACUUUGGAGAACAAAGUGAUCCAGACAGACAAGCACUUGGGCUGUGAGAGUGCUGUUCUUCAGCACUGAAGUAUGGCGAGGUGUUAGAUAGUGUUCUGCCCUUGUGGGGAAGACAGGAACAGUCCCUACCAGGUGCACAGAAUAAUAAUCUGGAAGACUAAUGGAGAGGAGAUCAUCCCCUGGCCUCUUCCGCUCCUCUGGGCAUUUUGGAGAGUAUACACCUAUAGAUUUUUAGUGCUGGGGAACCAAAGAUGCCAUCUAGUCAGGGCCUCUUACUUUGGAACUAUAGAAGACCAGCCCUGGGGUAGUGAAGGGACGUGCUGAGUCACAGCCAGCCCUGGAGUCUCAGUCCCAACUCUCGCUCUCAAGCUGAUACCAGUCAGCUCUAAGAAAAGCUGCUAACAGCAGCCCUAGGGCUAUUUAAAACUUGCCUCAAAAAGGCACUGAAGGGUGAAGAUGCCAGCUUGAGGACAUUUUUAAUGUUCUUUCUUCCCAACUCCCUUUCACCUACCUUCCCGGAACAAAUUAGCUGCCAGGACCAACAUGUAGGUGAGGACUGGAACUGUCCGUGUGACCACAGGCCCUUUCGGGAUCCAAGAAAGAAGAUAGGUGCAGGGCAUAGUCUCCUUUAAGCUGGACUCAGAGGGCUGACUGGCUCUUCCUGGCUUGGAGGAACUGAAGUUUCUGACAGCUUCUGAAGGAUAGCAGCUUCCUGGAUAGUACAGUGCUGGCCAGAGUGCAGUUUGCAGGUCUCCUAGCAACCGUGGGUUUGCUGCCGCGGGAGAGUUGUACUGAACCAAGGGUAGGCAGAAGAAAAUUAACCACCUGUGGAAAUCCAGCAACAGAAGAUAGCAAAGAACACCUGGAACAGGUGUAAGCAAGGUUGUGCCCAUUGCUGAGUUCUGAGCCCCGGAUUGAGGCCCAGGAAAUGUUUCUAAAUGAACGGAUGAAUAAGCAGCCCCUAGUGAACAUGGGCUACCAUUGGGAACAGACUAAACUCCAGCCACCAAGACUAACCACAAAACAAGACACACAAUGUUUGAAUUUGAAAAUUUGAUGGCAAAUUUUUAGAAGAGGACAUUAAUAUUAAAAACCAUUAUCUUGGGAUGGAAGAUCAUAUGAAGAAAUACACCAAAAUUUCAACCCAAAAUACAAAGAAAUAGAAACAAUGAAGGAGUAGAUAAGAGGCUUAGAAGAACGAUCCUUGACUAUUAAGAGAAAAAGAUGUAAUUGAGGAGAGGAAAUGAUUACAGAAAUAAUUGAGGAAAAUUUCCACAGUUUGAAAAAGUACUUAAGGACGGUGGUGCCUGUGGCUCAGUGGAUAGGGCGCCGGCCCCAUAUACUGAGGGUGGUGGGUUCAAACCUGGCCCUGGCCAAACUGUAACCAAAAAAUAGCUGAGAGUUAUGGUGGGCACCUGUAAUCCCAGCUACUCGGGAGGCUGAGGCAAGAGAAUUGCCUAAGCUCAGGAGUUGGAGGUUGCUGUGAGCUGUGAUGCCACAGCACUCACCAAGGUCGAUAAAGUAAGACUGUUGCUAAAAAAUAAAAGGAAGAAAAAAUACUUGAGUCUGCAGAUUAAAAGCUACAAGGAAACUCCUAGGCAUAGCCUAUAAAAAUGAUUGCACUUCAAGUAUAGAAAUGUUACAAGCAUUUAGAAGGAUAAAUUACAUGCAGAGUAAAAGGAAUCAGACUAGAUGCAGACUGUCGUUUGUAGCACUGGAAGCUUGGAAAGACAGGAAAUGACAUCCACAGGCCCUGAGAAGAAAGGACCAGUCAUAACCAAGAAUCCCAGACCCCUUUGAGCAGUCUGAUGUUGUUCAUAUCUCCUUCAGAAUGUUUCAGUGUGCUGGGCUCUGGAGUCAGUCCUCACUAAGUGAGAUGCACAGAGCACGGGCCUUCAGAGGCUAGCAGGGCAGAGGUAGAACAGGUGUAUCUAGCGAUAGGAAUGGAAGCUAUCUGCCGGUAGCUGAAGUGGUGAGCACAUUCAGCAUCAGGAAACUGAAACCCCUUAGAGACCCUCUAAUCCAAACAGUCCAUUUCACAGAGAAAGAAAUUCAAGCCCAUUGAGAAAUGAUUUGCCCAAAAUUGUAGAAAAGCCCAUUCCAGGCAGACUAGAAUCCUCUCCUGACUCUAGUGUUUUGGUUACUACAUUCUUUUUAUUCCCUUUCUGUAAUUCCAUUUUUUUAUCCCUUUGUGUCUCGUUUUUUUAGCAGAUGGGGGUUGGGUCAGCAACCUGGGCAUCUGCAUUUCUUUCUUUUUUUUUGAGACAGAGCCUCAAGCUGUGGCCCUGGGUAGAGUGCUGUGGCAUCACAGCUCACAGCAACCUCCAACACCUGGGCUCAAGCAAUUCUGCCUCAGCUCCCAAGUAGCUGGGACUACAGGCACCUGCCACAACCCCCAGCUAUUUUUUUGUUAUUGUAGCCGUCAUUUGGUGGGCCCGGGCUGGAUUCAAACCCACUAGCUCAGAUGUAUGUGGCUGGCGCCUUAGCUGCCUGAGCCAUGGGGACCAAGCCAAUAUCUGCAUUUUUAAUGGGCAGCUUGUCUUUCCUUCUCAUCCAUCACACUCACACAGGCCUUGCUACAGUAAACUAAAUCUUUCUCUCUGACCUCCUGCCCUCCUUUCACCUGCCAAGGGCGUACUCUGAUCUGAUAGUGGGCCAUAAGACCCUAACUGCAGGGGGCCUGCAGGAAGGAAUGCUGCAGAGAGGCACCAAGAAGAGUGAACAGACCUGCCUUGCUGGGUUAGCUUAGUUGUCAGGCUUCAACCAUCCCUGCCCAAUGACAUUUCUAUAAAAAGCCCAAGAGGAUGGGGCUUGGGGGCUUCUGGAGAGCUGAACACGUGGAGACUGACGGGAAGGUGAACAAGAAGGAAGGGGGGCACACCCAAGUCCACAAGGGCAGCAGCUCUUAUGCCCUGGACCCUAGCAGACCUUGUCCUGUUUAUUUGUUUAAAGUAUCCUCUGUAGACAAUGCAGAUCUUUGUGAAGACCCUGACCGGCAAGACCAUCACCCUGGAGGUUGAGCCCAGUGACACCAUUGAGAAUGUCAAGGCAAAGAUCCAAGACAAGGAAGGCAUCCCCCCUCACCAGCAGAGGCUGAUCUUCACUGGGAAGCAGCUGGAAGACGGGCGUACCCUGUCUUGACUACAACAUCCAGAAGGAAUCCACCCUGCACUUGGUUCUGCGCUUAAGGGGAGGUGGCUAAGUUUCCCAUUCUAACUUCCAACAAAUUUCAUUGCACUUUUCUUUCAAUAAAGUUGUUGCAUUUCCCCCCCCCCAAAAAAUAAAAAAUAAA